AUGAAGAAACCGAUUCUGGCCAACCUUAAAGUGUUUGGAUGCCACGCGUAUGUUCAAGUGCCUCAAGACAAACGCGCGAAGUUCGACUCCAAGUCAUCACUCUGUCGUUUCCUGGGAUACGCCGAACACCAGAAGUCAUAUCGAUUUGAGGAAGUGUCAACAGGAGCGAUCAAGAUCAGUCGCGAUGCCACAUUCAUGGAAGACAAGUUUGAUGAAGGUCCGCGCAACUACAACGAUGAGUCAAGUGCCGUUGAGUUUGAUGAUCAAGACGAGGACGAAGAAAAAGAAGAAGGUAAAACUGACGUCGACAUGGACUCGAGCGACGAUGACAACGAAGACACCAGGUCUUCGAAGAGCAACAUCAAGAGACACACGCGCACUCAAUCACUUGAGAAAGCUACCGUCAUUCCAAGUCCCAAGCGAAGAACUGGGGAAACGCCGACUACAUUCAAGUCGGCGAUGGAAUCAAGCGACUCCGGCAAGUGGAAAGAAGCGUGUGACUCGGAGUUCGACUCGCUUCAGAGAAACGACACGUGGGAAAUCGUGCCUCUUCCGAAAGGUCGCAAGGCCAUCGGGUGCCGAUGGGUUUUUCGUGUAAAGGAGAAUCAAGAUGGCGAAGUUGAACGUUUCAAGGCAAGACUUGUGGCCAAAGGAUUCUCACAGAAAUUCGGAGUUGACUAUGAAGAAACUUUUGCACCGGUGGCCAAGUUCACAUCGAUUCGUGUGGUGCUCAGUAUGGCGGCCAAGUACGGCCUAAUGCUACAUCAGAUGGACGUCAAGACAGCGUUUCUUAACGGCUCCCUCAAAGAAGACAUCUACAUGGACCAGCCGGACGGAUACCUGGAUGCAACACAGCCGGACUAUGUGUGCAAGCUAAAGAGAUCACUCUACGGCUUGAAGCAAUCGCCUCGCAUGUGGAACCAAACAAUCGAUGGGUUCAUGAUCAAGAUGGGAUUCAAGAAGUGCGAAUCGGACCACUGCAUCUACAUCAAGCGAGACGACCAAGACAUGAUUCUCGUGGUGCUCUACGUCGAUGAUCUCAUCCUGGCCAGCAGCAACAACGAACUCCUCAAGUCGACCAAGAUGGCGCUGAGAAAACGCUUCGAAAUGACGGAUCUCGGUGAGCCUCGAUUAUUUCUCGGCAUGGAGAUCAAGAACGACCGUAAGACGGGAAUGGUGACUGUACAACAAACCAAGUUUCUCAAGUCCGUGUUAACCAAGUUCGGAAUGGAUAACAGCAAGCCAGUGAAGACGCCUCAAGAUCCCGGCCUGAAGCUAACCAAGAACAUGUGUGAACAAGAAUGCAAGCACGAAGACACCAUGUGCAACGUGCCAUAUCGAAGUGCUGUCGGAGGCAUCAUGUAUCUCAUGGUCGCCACACGUCCGGAUCUAGCUGCUGCAGUGGGAUCAUUAUCCCAGUUCUCGUCCGACCCAUGCCCGACUCACUGGCAAGCUUUGAAGCGUGUGCUGAGAUACCUGCAAGCAACGCCCAAUCAUGGUCUUGAGUUUACACGUGAAGAAGGAAGCCGUAUCUGCGGGUACACCGACGCAGACUGGGCCGGCGACAUUGAGUCAAGACGAAGUACAAGCGGCUAUGUGUUCAUGAUGAACGGAGGAUGCAUCAGCUGGAAAAGCCAGAAACAACGGACGGUCGCGCUAUCUUCAACAGAAGCAGAAUACAUGGCGCUUUCCGAAGCAACCAAAGAAGCAGUAUGGCUCAAGGUGCUUUUGGGGGGAACUUGGUGA